AUGUAAUAAUUCGACAAUCAAGAAAUAUUGAUGAAGCUCAAGUCUUCCAAAUAAUUCUGGGAUAUCAAGAAGAAAUUAAAAUAAGGACUCGGUGACUAACAGAAAAUUGGAGUCAAUGACAUUCAAAAAUUAGCUCAAAGUUGUGAAAUUGAAGACCAAUUAAUUAAAUUGAUAUCUCAUAUUCUCAAAAAAUCUAAGAAACGAGAAACUCUUAAGGAAGAUUAGAUUGAAUUUCUGAACACUUCAAAAAUAAAAUGGACCGAAUUGUUAUUUAAAAAUUUAGAUAUCGUUCAUUAAAAAACAAAAAAUUAAGAAGAAGAUGACACUAAUACCGAUUCUAAACUAUACAUCUAUGAUGAAAAGAACCUAUUGGCAUUUUUAUAAACUUUCAAAUAAUAAUAAUAGUCCAAUGCCCUAUACUAAAAUGUCCAAUUUCAGUCUAAUAAACUGUUAAAUAUCAAUAUACCCUUAAAGUCAUCACAAUCAAUAUUGGACAAAUAUUAAUAUUUGUUACUCUAAGAAGAAUUGCAGGAUGAUAAAAUCAAUAAAAUCAGAAAGCAAAUUGAAAAUGAACACUUAGAUAUUGAAUUAGAAAAGAUAGCCCAAACCUUUGUACCUAAUGGAGAGAGGUGUCUUCUCUACUUAAAAUAUUUUGAAUUCGAUCACUAAGAAACAGUCUUACAGUAAAAUUUUGCAAAACUCUAAAAAGAGUGUUUAAAUUAGUUGUUUUAUGAUGAACUACUCGAAAUAGACGGACAUGAAAUAUCUGAAGAUACAUUCUAUUUUGUGUUUUAAGAGUAAAUUCUAACAUGUUUAAAGUGCUUUAUUAGAGACAGAACAAUAAAAGAGAAUAUAAGGAUUCAACUAUAAAAUGGAGUGAAGAAAGAACAUGCAGAGUUUUAAUUGCCAGUUACAGGAUUCUUUCCUUUCAAAAACAUAUCAAAAUAUGUUGCACCAUUAUGUUACCUCUCUACAAAAAUACACAUAAUCUAUGCAUUGUUUAAGGAGUUUUUUUGUAGAUACUUUUGCUUUUUGCAUGCCAUAUCGUCAGAGAACAAUUCAAUUUUAUCUCUUUGCAUGCAAAUCGAAGAAAUUGUAAGCACUCGAUCUCCUAAAUUAUUUCAUCAUUUAAAGGUAAUUGGAUGUGACACAUUAAAAUUGAUCAUUCAUCAACUAGUGUAUUGUUUCAUAGGUGAUAUGGAUCCUCCACAUAUUUUAACUAUUUAUGAUUAAAUUAUAGGACACGAUAGUCUAGAAAUUUUAGUUAUAUUAUGCGUAGGUUUUUUAAAUAAAUACAAACCUAAGUUAUUAUUAGCUAAGAAUUAAGAGAAUGUAUAAUAAAUCUUUUCAGAAUUAAGAGAGGACAGAUUUUAAGAAUUAGUGCAAUUUGCAUAUAAAUAAUGAAUUCUAUAACCUAAACUAGUUUUAAAAUUUUAUUUCAUU